UUCGAGAGACGGAAGCAGCGUCGCAACGGAAGGAUUGGGAAAAGAUGAGAGAGGGGGAGAGAGACUGUUGAGGAGUCUCUCUAUUUGCGCGCAGAGCCGAGAUAAAAUCGAGAGAAUCGUCGAAAACGGGCGAGAAGCGUUCGAAAUCGACGAACUUCCGUUCUUGGCUCUGCCAUUGUGCGCGGACGAGUGACCUGCCGUGCUUCGCGCUGUUCGCGCAUCAUGGCGACGCUCAGCUGGUAGUGACUCGGCUGCUGCUGCUGUUGCUGGCGAGGGGCAGUGAGGGGUAUGUGACGGCUGCGUUUGGACGGCUACUGCGACGGCAUCGUUGUACGUUGUACCUCGAUCGCGUUGGCCGUGAAAGCGUCGCCCGUCGACGGUGUGGAUGUUGUCGCGCCGCGGAGAACGGCGGUCCAGGUGAAAUGGCAAGGAGCACGGCCGUCGAGCGUGCGUCGAACGUCGUCGCUGUCGCGCUGUCGUCGUCGUCGCGUCCGCACGGGAGUCUGUAAUCGCUCGCGCGAAACGGGGAAGCGAGGUCCGGGGAAGCGAGGUCGCAAUCGGAGUAGACGCGCGAAUGCGACGCGCGAGCGACUUGCAAAGCUGACAGCUCGCCGCCAGUGAAAGAGAGAGCAAGAGAGAGAGAGAAAGAAAGAGAGAGAGAGAGAGAGAGAACCAUGGGCAACUGCCUGAAGCGCUCCGCUGGCAACCAACAGGACAAUACCACCCUCCUGAGUAACAAUCCCGAGCCCGUCUCCACGAGCGGAUCCUCGCAGGAGGGUCUCGGACCGCCGAUCCCCUACAAUCAAACGGCUUAUUAUCCGUCGAUCGCCACGAGGGAACGUCAUUUGCAGUCCACCAAUUUGAACAUUGGCCGUGGAAUCGGAGUCAAUCUAAUCCAGAGCAGCGGCUCCGCUGGUUUGAGCGAGGAGGAGCAGCAAGUGAGGAUCGCGAAGCGUAUAGGACUGAUACAGCACUUGCCAAUGCGAGAGUACGAUGGUGCGAAGAAGGGCGAAUGUGUGAUAUGCAUGAUGGAACUGCUGGUAGGCGAGGAAGUACGCUAUCUGCCCUGUAUGCACACCUACCAUGCAAUCUGCAUCGACGACUGGUUGCUGCGCUCAUUGACCUGUCCGUCGUGUAUGGAGCCGGUGGACGCGGCGCUAAUUAGUUCAUAUCAUCCAACUACUUAAUAACGGAUUGACGGGAAUAUCAUUGGUUUAGCCGAACGGCGAAUCGGAAUUAAAUUACCAGGCUAAACGUAAAGCGCAAUUGAAAAGAGAGCGAGAGAAAAAGAGAGUCGCUACUUUUGCUAUAGAGCGUAUAAAAGCUUCUGGAUAGUAGAGAGAUCGCAUGUUAAAUGGUCUGAUUGUAUUUCGCCGUUAUAUAUGAUAUAUAUACGUGCGCGCGCGUACUGUUUAAUAUAAUAAUCUAAUCACAUACGAAAAACACCCUCCCCGUUAAAUCCACAAGUAUUUUUUUUUUAGAUUGUUUUCUUUGAGAAGGAAAACCAGGAGACUUGAUUUUAAUUAAAUCCUAUACACAUCACGGCCCCAAAAUCCUUUACGUAGUGAGUUUUAAUUGCUUGUACAUUGAUUUCUCUUUAGAGAAGGAAAAUGAGAAGACGGCUCGAUGUAAGAGUGCAAUAAAGCGUUGGAUAAGCCUCAUGUGCACCGAUAGGUAUAUAUAAUCGAAACAAUAAGUAUAUAUAUGCGUAGUAACGAGAUAUUAAGUGCGACACGUGCAGAAAUUAUGUCCUUUGUAUUUCUUGUGCGGCUUUGUGUAAUCCAUCUUCGCAUACGUUCUUUACGCGCGAAUGUUUGACGAAUCGAUGCAAAUUGCGUUUCCUUCUUUGCUCUUGCAUAAUCGUUUUAAUCACCUUGAGUCCGAACAUAACGUAUCUAUUUUCGAGUACAGUAAAUUAAUCGAUAAUUUUAAGCUUAAAAAGUAGGAUUUGUGUUUCUCGGAUGCAGAUUACACGCGUACGUGAAUACUGCGGACCAGCGGUUUUCCCUUUGUCCAAGAUCGUCGGAAUUGCGCGGAUAACAGUCCGCUAUAUUUUCGUGGCGAAAGAAAGACUGUCUAUGAAGUCGUACAGUUUUAAUUUUUCUUGAUCACUCGCGCAUGUGUCGUUACGUAAACCGCUUGUACCGCUUCUGGCGCGGCGCGAUAUUGAACAUUUUUCAUUUAGAUAAUGUGUACAGAGAGAGAAUGCUUCAUUGUAUGCUAUACGGACGAUAGCGGUUUAUUAUGCCGAUAGUGCGGGAAUGUGUAUAGCAACGAAUGAAAAGAGCAAACAGAACGGUAAACACAAAGAUGAGGAGAGAGAUAGAGAGAGAGAUAAAAUGCGAUGAUCCACACUGUUGAACACUACACGCUAAUUAAUGGGCUACGUAACUUAGAUUCUGUUGUUAAUUUAGUGAAGCUUGUUGAACUAACUCUUGCUGCGAUUACAGUAAAGCAAUGGACAUUUACCGUUCCGCUUUAAGUAAACCUUUACAGAGGGAUAUGUACAAUCUCGCGUAGUUUCGUACAUCGGUGUAUAAUAUGCGAUAGUUUUACCGACUUGGAACAAAACAACAUUUCGAAUCGAAGACAGAAAGAAAGAGAGAAGAAAAGAAUACAGUUUAAUAAAUUAAACGUUUAAUUUAUAUAAAAAGAGGGGGAAAACUUAACAAUACGGUACCGCUAAGUUCUUGUUUUAAAUGGGAAAAUGAUGCUGUGAAAUAGUGAUUUAUUGACGAAGUACAGAGGUAUAUAAAUAAUGAUUUAAUACGCAAAUAUAAAUAUUUAGUAAGAAAA